ACAGCCCUUCACUGCGCCUGCGCAGAACCCUCGACGUAGUCCCACUCCUCAGCUCCCGCUGCGGCCGGGCUCGGAACAAUGAGGGAGUCAAAGCGCCUGCGCGCCAGGACCGCCAAGCCACAGCUGCGCCAGAAGCAGAGAGGGAUCCCAGUCACUAUGGAGGACCCGCGUCCUGAAGGGAACAUGGAGCCCCAGGAUUCGUCUAAGGAGAGAAGUCCCCGCAGUCCAGGAGGCGACAUCUGCCACCUGGGGGCCCCGCAGUGCACCCGCUGCCUCAUCACCUUCGCCGAUUCCAAGUUCCAGGAGCGUCACAUGAAGCGGGAGCACCCAGCGGAUUUCGUGGCCCAGAAGCUGCAGGGGGCCCUCUUCAUCUGCUUCACCUGCGCCCGUUCCUUCCCCUCCUCCAAGGCCCUGAUCGCCCAUCAGCGUAGCCACGGUCCAGCCGCAAGGCCCUCCACGCCAGUGGCGCCCACCAUGGCCCAGCCUACAUUCCCCUGCCCUGACUGUGGCAAGACCUUUGGGCAGGCUGCUUCUCUGAGGCGGCACCGCCAGGCGCAUGAGAUCCGCACCCCUCCUGGCCCUUUUGCCUGCACUGAGUGUGGUCAGGACUUUGCCCAGGAAGCUGGGCUGCAUCAACACUAUAUCCGGCAUGCUCGGGGAGAGCUCUGAGUGAGGGCUAAGCCCUCCCUAGGACAGUGCGGGGGGGUUCAUUGGCUGCUAGAACCCACCUCUGAUACAGGAUGGGGGCCUUGGAAAGAUUGCUUUCCCUCUCUGGACAGGCCAAGGACUCCUGAUGCGUAGGAACCAGAAGAUGCUCAUCUACAGCUUCAGUCUUUGGAGGAUGCAAAGGCCUUCAGGGAUAUAGUGGAAUUAACGAAAUCUUUUGUUUAAAAAAAAGAAAGAAAAAAAAAAGAAGCCAAAAGGAAAAGUGUUAUUUGUAUCUCCCUCAUUCCCAAUUAAAUAGUUUGAAACCACAA